CAUUAACGGGUGUAAGAUUGCACGCGUUAGAAAAACCGUUGAUAGAAUUGUGUGAUUAACCUUCAUUUAGGGAAUCGUAUUUCUUGAAAAGCUCAAAAUUGCUGUAGUUCUCUCCUCUUUCCUUCAGCGGUGCCACUCUCCCCAGAAGCAGAAAACAACCAUUAAAAUGCUCUCUGAAUCGACGUCUUCUAUGACUAAAAAGCGUCCAAAACCAGGUUUUAAGAGCCGUAAACCCGAACUUGAACCCAACUUAUCUUCUUCUUCGCAUUCUACAGUGAUGGAACCACCUCAGAGCUUGUUUCCUUCAAAGGGGGAGUUCUUGAGACUCAUUGCAGUGCUAGCAAUCGCAUCUUCAGUGGCUUUAACCUGUAAUUUCAUUGUCGGCUACAUCAGUCCCACCACAAAGCCGUUCUGUGAUAGCAACAUAGACUCUCCAGAUUCUUUCUCAGAUUCUUGUGAGCCUUGUCCAAGACAUGGAGAAUGUACUGAAGGCAAAUUGGAAUGCAUUCGUGGCUAUAGAAAGCAUCAAAACAUGUGUAUAGAAGAUGGAGAUAUUAAUGAAAUAGCUAAGAAACUUGUCUGUUCUAAGAAUCUUGUUCAUUACGACUGGGUGGAAACUCGACUUUGUGAAGCUUAUGCUCAAUUUUUAUGCAAGGGAGCUGGUACAAUUUGGGCGAAAGAAGAUGAUAUUUGGGAUGGUUUAGACGAACACCAACUGAUGGAAAAUUUAAAGCAAGAUAGUGCUAUUUAUACGUAUGCCAAACGGAGGGCAAUGGAGAUCAUUGGUAGGUUAUUGGAGCUGAGGACGAAUUCUUAUGGGCAAAAAGAGUUGAAGUGUCCAGACCUGGUUGCAGAACACUAUAAACCCAUUACCUGCCGCCUAUUCCAAUGGAUCUCCAACCAUGCUUUUGUUAUUGCAGUUCUAUGUGCACUGGUUGUGGGAUGUACAUUAUUACUUAGGAAAGUCCAACGCAGAUGGUAUCUAUCAGCUAGAAGUGAAGAGCUGUACCAACAGGUUUGUGAGAUACUUGAAGAGAAUGCUUUGCUGUCAAAGAAGUCAAAUGGUGAAUGUGAGCCUUGGUUGGUUGCCUCUCAGUUAAGAGAUCAUCUGCUUUUACCCAAAGAAAGGAAGGAUUCUGUGUUGUGGAAAAGGGUUGAGGGGUUGGUACAGGAAGAUUCUCGAGUAGAUCGAUAUCCUAAGCUGGUGAAGGGUGAUUCAAAAGUUGUGUGGGAAUGGCAAGUUGAAGGUUCUUGGAGCUCCAUGAGGAAGAAGAAAAAAGGAGAAAUGAGCAAAUCAAAGUCCAUUGAAGGAGGCGUCACUGGAAAUUCUGAUAAACAAAUCCCUACUUUGAAGUCUGAAUCCAAGACACUGGUGUUUUGAGCAGUGCAAUUCUCACCCAGGCUAUUUUCAUCAAGUUCAACAGCUUUAUUUUCUGCAAAUUCUAAAAGGCUGUGGUUUGGGCAAAUCGUCGGCAAUCAAAAUAUUGUUUUAUCUUUUACCUAGAUUGUAAUUGUUAUUGAAAUAGAAAAGGGAGAUUGAAAUUACUCUCUUUUAUUGUGUAUUUUUACUUUUUUUUUUUAUUAUUUUUAAAACAAAAUUCUGAUAUUACAUCGAUGCGGGCAUGUGUUUAAGUUAUAGUAGUGCAAAAUAUUAUAAUUUGUUUCA